AUGGGGAAAUAUAUCACUGUCACCGUGAUCGACGACGAGGAAUAUGAGAAGGAGGAGAACUUCUUCAUUGAGCUUGGCUUGCCCAAGCUAGUCAGGAGAGGUAAUGGGGCGCCUGUGGCAGCAAAGGAGGCGCCAAAGCCAGACAACAAAAUGGGUCCCAGGGCAAAGAAGAAAUUGCAGAAGAAGAAGAAGAAACAAAAGAAGACAAACAAGAACGGACAUUCUGUGCUUUUUAACACAGGAAGCGAUGAUGAGUCCAUCACAAGCGAGAAGGAUGAGAAGAUCAAACUAAUGAUGUCUGAGGAGGAACAAAGGAUCGCUGACAUGGGAAAACCCCAGCUUGGUGACAUCAGGAAUCUGGAAGUUAAAAUUCAUGAGAGCACAGAAUUCAAGAACACUGUUGACAAACUCAUUAAGAAAACCAAUGUCUCAUUAAUGGUUGGGACAUCUUCAUGGAGGGAACAGUUUGCUGAGGCCCUCACUGUAAGCGCAGGCGAUGAUGAUGCAAACGGGGAAGAGAAGCUACCAUCCUGUGGAGACUAUGUCAUGCACUUCUUGACCAUCUUCUGGAAGAUCCUCUUUGCCUUUGUACCACCCACUGACUACCUGGGUGGUUGGGCUUGCUUUACAUCCGCCAUCUUGGUCAUUGCUGGUUUAACGGCUAUCAUCACUGACCUUGCCUCACACUUUGGUUGCACCAUCAACCUCAAAGAUAGUGUCACUGCCAUCUCUUUUGUAGCCCUUGGUACCAGUGUUCCAGACACAUUUGCCAGCAAAACAGCAGCUGUUGGUGACAAGUAUGCAGAUGCCAGCGUAGGCAAUGUUACUGGAAGCAACGCAGUAAAUGUAUUCUUAGGUAUCGGUGUAGCAUGGACUAUUGCUGCUGUUUACCACGCCGUCAAUAACGAGCAAUUUAAAGUGGAUCCAGGUAGUCUGGGUUUCUCUGUGACUGUGUUCAGCGUGUUUGCGCUCUUUGCCAUCUGCUCACUCAUGAUACGGCGGAAGCUGCCGAUGAUUGGUGGUGAGUUGGGAGGUCCUGCAAACUCAAAACUGAUAUCUUCAAUGUGCUUUGUCUCCCUGUGGUUUCUCUACUUGAUUCUCUGCAGUCUUGAAGCCUACGGAUUCAUCGAGGGCUUCUGAGAAGCUGCUCUAAGCUGUCUUCUUGUUCUAUUCAGGUUACUGUUUUUGUUCUUCAUCCUUCUGCAACCAUUGGCUGUGGAGUAUUCUCUGAACAUGCCUCGUAUGCAGGAAGCUGUCAUGUUGCACUCCAGCUGUGUGUGCCGGAUUUCUGCAACUGGAGCCAUAUUUAUGCAGGAGUUGCUUUGUUAAGAUGCCAUCUCUGUAACAUCAUGGAGCUUCUUUCAAGAGAGGGACAAGCUGCUGUCCAUCUUUGAUGGCUCGCUAUGAGCGCUUGGGAAUUCUUCAAGAUGGCUUUUCUCAACAACCAUCAUUGGAAGCAAGUAUGCACCUUGUGGAUUACAGUUACACCGCAAAUGGCAGAUAGAAAACACGUUGCACCAAGUGUCGAGCUUUAUCAGACACACUCUGUCAUUCAGAAGACAUUGAGGAGGGAGGCUUUAAAACAAAACAAAAUGAUUGUUAAUGUGAAAACUCAGAAAUGAGAGAGUGCAGUGUAUUCAGGAGAAGGUUUCUAUUAUUUUUAUUCCAUGUUUUUGUAUGUUCUGAUUAUUGAAUAUCUUCUUUUUUUUAGUUUUUUUAAAUGAGGGGUGAGAACAGAGUAGAAAAUGCAUCAUAUUGGGGUUUUGGGUGUAUUAUAUACUUACAGUUGCUUUCAAAAAAAUUGCAUUCAAGCAUUUAAUGAUGUUUAUUUGAGAUUAAAGGUUUGGAUUAAAUUUCAAAGUAAAAUUUAAGUAUUUGGCAAUAUUCUUUUAUUCCUGUGACCCUGCAUUCUUUUUCUUGUGACCUGGUGAAACAACACUUCUAUUAUUCUAAAUUUGCUGAAAUAAUGCAAUCUUACAGCCAUCCCCCUCUCAAUCGCCCUCCAUCUAACAUUAAUAUAUUUCUUUCAUAAGAUAUAUCUUAAUAUCUGUGUUGGAUGAUCCCAUAUGUAGUGAUUAUCUAAAAAUUGAAUUUCCCUGCAAAGGUUUUAUAUUAAACCUCCAAUGAUAAAAAUUCAUUUUUUAAGAAGAGUGGAAAAGUAUGACUGUAAAAAAAUGACUUACAUCCUAAGAAUUUCAAUUUUAAUAUUUAUUUAAAUAUACUAUUUAAAUCUUGCCAUUUAUUUCAUCCUUUUAUUUUUCAGUGAUUUACAUUUUUUAUCCCAGGUUUAUUGGCUUUUCAUGUUUUUGUGUAACAAAUGACCAAUAAUUAAUACUACAAUUCAAAACAUGAGGAGUCGCAAAGUCAAGUCGUCCUUCACGACACAUCUUGGCACUAGUCAAAUAAACACAUCCGUAACAAGGUGCACUGCGAUAUCCGAGCCCCAAUAUUGACACCUCAGAAUAGCUCCUUCACUUGCACUACUGCCAUGGAAGUACAAGUGGUAGCAGCAUGACUUUUAAACAUUGCUCCUUCACCAUGUAUCAGUUGAA